AUGAACCAUAAAUCUUGGUUGAAAAUACUCAGAAGAGUGACAUUACCGUUACUCACAUUCACCUUGAUUGUAUGCAUAACCAUAAUACAAACAAACAAACCCAAAGACACAUUAUACAAAACAGGAACGCAGAUAUUUGACUCUAUAAGUCAUUUCACGUUCACGAAAGAUGAGCUAUUACCGCAAGCACAACCAGACGAGGCGCUCUUCUCGCCAAGUGAAGCAGAACAGUCUGGCUCUGACGACAAAUCAGAAACAGAAGAAGAGGAAAAGUUGGACCCAUGCACAAUUAUUAAUCCAAACACUAAACAGUUUAUAGAUCUUCGGGGAUUAUCGUCGUUUGCCAACGAUGGUAAGGCGUUACCUUGGAAUACCAGAGGAUACGACAGUGGUAGAAACUACACCAUCGGUAUCUGCUCCAACCCAUUCAAGAAAUUCCACGAUUCUUGGAACGAGAUCCAGGACGGUUUAGAUCCGUCCAAGAUCGGUGCAUACUACAUCGACCCAGCUACAAACAAGUACGUUUCCAUGGGAGAAUACGCCACAACCCCCGUAUUCCGCGGAAGAAAGUUAACCUUGACAUAUGAAAAUGGGGCCUUUUGUGAUGCAGUUGAUGCAAACACCGGCAAGAAGUUGAAAAAAUCAACAAUCUUGACAUUUACAUGUGAUCGAGAAAUGAUGAACUCCAAAGCGUCAAUUUCAUUUGUGGGACAAAUGAACAACUGCUCGUACUUUUUCGAGGUUAGAUCCCACCACGCUUGUCCUACUGCUGCCAAGACCAAUGAAACUGGAGCUAUCUGGAUUUUCUUGUUGAUUGUCUUGGCGGCAUUAUUGGUUUACUUCUCCGGUGGGUUAUUGUAUAAACAAAUGAAGAGAAAACCCAAAAGAGAAAAGAGUUUCUCUUGA